AUGUUACCUAUAAUCUUAAUUCCAUUCAUAUCUCUUGUACAAGGCAUAUCAUUACCUCGACGAGAUGAGUCCACUCCAUCUGGAGGACCAGUUUACGUAGCCUGUGUAACGGAUACGACAUUCUCAUCGCUGAAUUCCGGAAUAGGAAUCAACGCGACAACAAGAGAAGAGUGUAGUCUAUCUUGUACAACAACAAAAUGGGAUGUAGCUUAUUAUCGUGAAGAUAAUUCAUCAUGUCAUUGUACCACCGUUGAAGAAUCACCUAAAUCAGAUGAAAUUGUCUAUGCAAUCGAUCAAGUAGGUAAUUGUAGAUCACAAGAUGAUGCUUCUGUGGAAUACCUUCAUUCAUCAUAUACACUCUGUGAAUGUAUCUUGCCUCCUCUCCCUAAUUCAACCACCAAUUUCACUUCUCCCAGUUCAAUCCAGUGUUUGACAGAUUGUCCAGGUGACACAUCAACUAUAUCGAUCAGACCAGAAUACAAUAGUGUGAAAGAUACCUUUGAGUACGAAUGUGGAUGUUAUACUGACACCACUGGCUCACAAAUCGGAGAAGGAGAAGGGCAGAAAACGGAUUGUGGAUUUGGUAUUGAGAGUAUAUAUGUCAAAGUGUAG